UUGCAGCGGGGUUCUUCGUGUCCUACAAAUUCCGUCUCUAACAACCCCUUUCUAUAAUCCAGUAGCUAACCAGACGCGUGUCGGAAAUAAGGUUCGCGUGAUAUACCCCUUUCUCGCAGUUUUUUCCGGUCAGUUUCCGACAUGAAAAGCGCACACCUUGUACAAUCAACGUUUUAACCGUUUAAUUCAAAAAGAAAAAAUAAAACAAACAAAGAAGAAAAUCAGAUUUUUUUUAAUCGAUGAUUUUAUUGGAAUGAGAAAGGAGAUGAAUGUUAAAAAUGAAACUUCCCGAGAAAAAUCGUGGGCAUUUUUUGAAUCAAACGCAAAAUGUAACCCAUCCGUGGGUUGCAACGUUUUUGGUUUUUGUUGGGAUUGGAAUUUUCGCAAUCGCCGCCUUUUGGAUCAAAAGAUGCAAAUCGAGUAGUCCAAAACACGAAUACAGCGCGUUAAGAUUGGAUGUUGGCGCGGAUAAAGUAAAAUACGAACGAGAAUUGCGAGAUGGAAUGUACACAACAUGCAGCCAAUAUUUGGGGAAUCACGAUCGAUACGAAUUAAGGACGCAUUUAGGAAAUAUUGGGUCAAGAUCCGAUAAACAUUGGUUCAUCGUGCAAGAUAAAAAAUUAGACGCUCCGCGUUUAUUAACAUUGGUAACUUUACCACCAACGUGUCCAAUAGAGCCGUCCGUUCUGACGAAAGAAACCGUCUUAUCGUUAUUUCGAAGCUUACAACAUCCUUACAUCCACCCCGUUUUAGACGUGGAGUUUUGGGAUAAAGGCGUUGCUCUCGUCAGCCCUUUAAAUCCAUCCGGUAGCUUAAGGGAUAUCAUUUAUAACUCCGCGUGGCAAGAAGAGUAUCAUUAUAAGUAUCAUAGUCGCGGGGAAGGACUUCCUUUAAGACAAAUCCAAUGUCUUGGGAGGCAAAUUUUAGAGGCCCUUUUAUUUUUAAAAAAUCGCCACUUUCCCCCAUUCCACCACCUAACUUCGUCAAAUAUCAUCAUACAAAACGGCGUUGCGCGUUUGGCGGCUUUAGAAAAUCCCCUUUUUGGGUUACCCCCUAAAAAUGGGGCUGAAAACGUCGCUUUCGGGCGGAUUUUGUACGAAAUGACCGUUGGUUACGAAAUUUCGUCACAUCACCACUUCGACGUCGAACUUGCAAGUUUUCCCAAAAUCGCUGAAGUUUUACAACUUAUUUUUAAACGCAAUUUAAGCGUUGAAGAGAUUUUACGUUGCGAUUUAUUUCGGGGGGUCGAAUUGAGGGAGUUGAGAGGCGCAAAUACGAGCUUUACGAUGCCUGGUGAUGUUUUGGAGUUGUUGGAGAACGUGAGAUGCGUCCCGGAUAAAAUGAUAAUAAAUAAAAGUAAGGCGGUUUCUUUUGCGAGGAUUUUGGAGGAUAUAAUCGAAGAGGAACCCGACUCAGUUUCGCUAGAAAUCGUAGAAUCUCGGUAGUGAAUUAAACAAAAUCAAAAAAAAAUAGCCAAAAGUCUUAUGGACCAAAAAAAAGACUAUUUUCAAUACUUCAAUGUUUAAAUUAACACAGAAAUAGCAAAAUACGUAAUUUGCACUUAAAUUAAUUAAAUAAAUCAAGAUGUACAAUAUGCAGGCUGUUUUAAAUCGAAUCAAAAUAUUUUUCUUGAGCAAUAAAAAUUAAUAACACCCUGUGUAUUAAUUAAUUAAACCUAAAAGGCAGAAACUUUUCACCUAAUCGAUAAUUAAUUAAUUAAUUAGCUUUUUUAAUUAAUUCGUAGAUUAAAAUAGAUUUAAUUUGUGUUAAUUUAGACUUAAUUUAGAGCUAAUUAUAGUUACAUAUCCCAAACCGUCCCAAAAAACACUAAUUUAAAAACAAAAAAAAAUUAUUAAUAAAAAUAAACCAAAAGCAAUCAAAUGUCAAUUCUCGUUUCGCUUAAAUAAUAAUAUUCUAGACAUCAUCGAGGCGAGCGUUACAAGAAAAUUUAUAACUUGGUUCAAGUGACGGGAAAGACCGUUAUUCAAAUUACGAAGAUGAAGGAAGUUAAUUGAUUUAGUUUUGUUUAUACGUAGAGUUGAAAUAAAUUAUUAUUAAUUAAA